CUUUUCAUACUUUUUAGUUCUCACUUUGUUGCCUUCCCUUCCCCUGUUUCAAGCAAAUGAAGCCUUAUAAUCAAUCAAUGAAUUGAUGGAUGAAAUAACAUAUUUCUUAUAUCAAGGGACCAAAUUGCAAUUCUCCCACUUCUUUUUAUUUUCCGCUAUUUAAAAGAAACAUGAAAUAUCUCCCCUGCCAACCGACUCUAUAAAUAUCCCAUUUCCUUCGCGCCAUUCCAUUUCAAAUAUUCAUUCUCACAGACUCGAGUUCAACUGAGAGACAAUCGCAGGCGACGAUCUCUUCGAAAUUCCCUUUUCUAGAAUUUUCUUCUCCGAUACAGUUCUUAGUCAUCACGAAAACGAAAAGCUAAGCUCACAGAGCCGAUCGCUCCGAUUUUUUCUAUUUCUAGGGUUUUACAUCCUUGCUUUGUGAUCGAUUAGGCCACAAAAUCAACGUUGAAGGAUUUCUACUUCGUCUAUAUAGGGGAAAUCGGAGAAUAUUUGCGUUUUAUUCGAAAAUGAGUAAGCUUUUAGGAUUAUCAGUCAUGAGAGGCCGUGAUCACUUCAAAUCGCUGGCCGGAUCUGGUUUAGGAGCUGGGAAAGCCAUGCCGAUAACGACGCGCAUGUCAGCUGACAUGGUUUCUUCUGGAAGUUUUGCGAAUUUGAAGCUUACAGCAGAGAAAUUGGUGAAGGAGCAAGCUUCUGCUAAAACUGAUCUGCAAUUGGCGAACUCUAAAUUGAAGAAGUUGAUUGAAGAUAUUCAUAUACUAGAAGAAAAGUUGCAAAAUGCGUACAAUGAAAAUGCUAAGUUGAAAGUGAAGCAGAAAGAAGACGAGAAGCUAUGGAAAGGACUGGAAUCUAAAUUUUCUUCAACAAAGACCUUGUGUGAUCAGCUAACUGAAACCUUACAGCACCUAGCUGGUGUGGUUCAGAAUGCUGAGAAAGACAAGGCAUCUUUUGAAGAUAGACGAUCUGCAACUUCUGUUGUUAUUGAUAACUUGCAAGACAACAUGAAAGCCCUCUCUUUGAGGUUGGAAUCCUCCGAAGAAACUGUUAGAAAUUGUAAAAAGGAGCUGAAUGAAAUCAGAAUCGAGAAGGAGAAAAUGGAGAACUAUUUCAGGGUUGAACAGAGCAAAAGUAUCAGUGUAAUUGAGGAGAAAGAUGCCAUGAUCAAGGAAUUUGAAGCUACUGUAGCAGCUAAUGGACUUGCGGUGGAGAAUUUGAAGUCCAAGUUGGAAGAGUUACAUCUUGAAUCAAGAUUAAAAGAAGAUGAACUGGAGGACUUGAGGAAUGUCAAAAAGAAUUUGGAGAAAGAAAGGAGUGAUCUGUUAUCUAGAAAUAGCAACUUUGCCAAACAAUUAGAUACAUCACUUCAGGAGAUAAAGAACCUUAAUAAGUUUGUGAAUGAAAUGGUGGUGAAGUUUACUAAUUUGGAUAGUCAAAGUCUUGCCUUUGCGGAGAAGAUAUUUCAGCUUAAUGCCUUAUUUGAUGCUGGUUUUGAAAUGAUGAGAGAGAAGGGGGAACUUGCUGCUCGGCAUGCUCAACGAAAGUUUGACAAGCUCCAGGAUCAAUAUACAAGCGUUGCAUCAGAGAAAAAUGCUCUAGAGUUAGCUAAUAAGGACUUGAAGGAUAAAGUCUUUGCACUUCAGAAAGAGCAAGAACAUGCAAUGGUGCAGCAUGCUGAAGAAUCCCGUUUAGCAGAAGAUCAGAUUAGAAAAUUAGAGUCUGAAGCGGAACUGCUUCUGUCCAAGAAGAUGGAGAUGGAAGUGCUGAUUAGCAAACUGCAGGAGAAUGUUGUCGCUUUGUCAGAAAAUUCAAAACUAUCGGAGAAUGAAAUGCAAAAUUUAUUGGUGAAACUCUCUUAUAUGGAAACAGAGAACAAAGACCAUAUUGGAAAGCUUCAAAUAGACAUGCAGAAAAAGGAAGAUGAAACCCGUCUUUUACGCGAGGAAAUUGACAAGUACACAGAAACAGUGGAAUCACAGGAGAAGCAUGUUGCAGAGACUAACAAUAAAUUGGAGGAGAAAGAUAAGAUUCUUCAGGAACUUCAGGACAGGCAGAAACAGUUGGAAGCUGAGAGAGAAAAGAUUCAGGCAUCUUUGCUUGCUGCUGAAAGCAACCUUGCAGAAGCUAAAAAGCAGCAUGAUCAGAUGUUAGAAAGCAAAUAACUAGAACUUUCUAGGCAUUUAAAGGAAUUAUCUCAGAAAAAUGACCAGGCCAUCAGUGACAUCCGGAGGAAGUAUGACUUGGAGAAGUUGGAAAGUAUCAAUGUAGAGAAGGAGAGGGCUGAAAAAAUUGUUGGAGAGAUGGAAAGAAAUUGUGAGUUAAAGCUGUUGGAAUGCAGAGAAGAAUCUAAUCAGAACUUGAAGCGUGUACAGGAAGAACAUGCUGCUUUGGUAUGUAUGGUAAAGGAUGUAGAAUUAUCAUUUACUUCUUAGGGUCAUGAAAACUUCUAUAUUUUCUGAUAAAUUCCAAAAUUAACAGUCUAAUUACUCUACUGUAUCCCUUCUUUCAAAGUUAUUCUUUUGCACACAGUUCAGUUUUAUCUUUGUGUAUUCUAGUUU